CGAGAGAGGGGGUACGAACACGCCUUUGGGGACCCGGGACUCUGCGGUGGGCUUCUCUCCGGCGUCGGCCCUCCAGCUGCUCAGCUUUGCAUCUGCCUACCGCGCUUCUGCAGAAGCAACCCCGCUCUUCCAUCCUCUCGGAACCACCCUCAGCAUCCGAUCUUACUUUUUCUUUCACCCACGAGGGUAGCAGCUGGCCACCUCCUUAACCGGUGCAAACACCCAAGCCAGUGCUCAGUGCUCUCCUCAGCUAGUAUUUUCCCGCUUGUCUUUCCUUGGGGCUCCCCACGAGCCCCUCCAAAGCUCCUCCAACCUUACAAAUUGUUCUGUUGGUCUGUUUAACCGAAGAGUUGUAAAUCUUGAAGACUUUAUUAUUAUUAUUAUUAUUUUGAUUCUUUUCAUUUCAUCCCCCUGUGGGCAACGGAGCAAUGAAAUUUCCAAUCGAGACGCCAAGAAAGCAGGUGAACUGGGAUCCUAAAGUGGCCGUACCUGCAGCAGCUCCACCAGUGUGCCAGCCCAAGAGUGCCACUAACGGGCACCAUCCGCUUCCCCGCCUCUCCAUUUCCUCCCGAGCCACGGUGGUAGCCAGGAUGGAAGGCGCCUCCCAGGGAGGCCUGCAAACAGUUAUGAAGUGGAAAACAGUGGUUGCCAUCUUUGUGGUUGUGGUGGUCUACCUCGUCACAGGUGGCCUUGUCUUCCGGGCGUUGGAACAGCCCUUUGAGAGCAGUCAGAAGAACACCAUUGCCUUGGAGAAGGCAGAAUUCUUGAGAGAUCAUAUCUGUGUGAGCCCCCAGGAGCUGGAGACAUUGAUUCAGCAUGCGCUAGAUGCUGACAAUGCAGGAGUCAGCCCAGUAGGAAACUCUUCCAACAGCAGCAGUCACUGGGACCUCGGAAGUGCCUUUUUCUUUGCGGGGACUGUCAUCACAACCAUAGGGUAUGGGAAUAUUGCUCCAAGCACCGAAGGAGGCAAAAUCUUUUGUAUUUUAUAUGCCAUCUUUGGGAUCCCUCUCUUUGGUUUCUUAUUGGCUGGAAUUGGAGACCAACUUGGAACCAUCUUUGGCAAAAGCAUUGCAAGAGUGGAAAAGGUUUUCCGAAAAAAGCAAGUGAGUCAGACCAAGAUCCGGGUCAUCUCAACUAUUCUGUUCAUCUUGGCUGGCUGCAUCGUGUUUGUGACGAUUCCUGCUGUCAUUUUUAGAUACAUCGAAGGGUGGACAGCCUUGGAGUCCAUUUACUUUGUGGUGGUCACUCUGACUACAGUAGGCUUUGGUGAUUUCGUGGCAGGGGGAAAUGCUGGCAUCAAUUACCGAGAGUGGUAUAAGCCGCUGGUGUGGUUUUGGAUCCUUGUUGGCCUGGCCUACUUUGCAGCUGUCCUCAGUAUGAUCGGAGACUGGCUGCGGGUUCUAUCCAAAAAGACGAAAGAAGAGGUGGGUGAGAUCAAAGCCCACGCAGCUGAAUGGAAAGCUAAUGUCACCGCUGAGUUUCGGGAAACGAGAAGGCGACUCAGUGUUGAGAUCCAUGACAAGCUGCAGCGAGCAGCCACCAUCCGCAGUAUGGAGCGCCGGAGGCUGGGCUUGGACCAGAGGGCCCACUCGCUGGACAUGCUCUCCCCCGAGAAGCGUUCUGUCUUUGCAGCCUUGGAUACAGGUCGUUUCAAGGCCUCAUCCCAGGAAAGCAUCAACAACCGACCCAACAACCUGCGCCUUAAAGGGUCAGAACAGCUCAACAAACAUGGGCAAGGCGCUUCUGAGGACAACAUCAUCAACAAGUUUGGGUCCACCUCCAGACUCACCAAGAGGAAAAACAAAGAUCUCAAAAAGACCUUACCCGAGGAUGUUCAGAAAAUCUACAAAACCUUCCGGAAUUACUCCCUGGAUGAAGAGAAGAAAGAGGAGGAAACAGAAAAGAUGUGUAACUCAGACAACUCCAGCACAGCCAUGCUGACAGAAUGUCUACAACAGCAAGCUGAGAUGGAGAACGGAAUGGUACCCACGGACACCAAAGACCAGGGGCUGGAGAACAACUCAUUACUUGAAGACAGAAACUAAAUGUUAAAGACUCUGGAGUUGGACUAAGUGUUGUCUUGUUUUUGUGGUUUUGUUUCGUUUUCCUUUUCUCUUCUUUUUAAAUAUUCACACUGAGACACGUGCCUUAAACAGACUUCUUGUUAGUCCAAAAUUACAUAACAUUGAAGACUAUAUUUCACUGUGCCAUACACGACUGAGAGCUGGCUCUGCCAAAAGGAAAUCAGACAAGAGCUUCAUUUCAGAUAGUGGCGGCAGGACACAUGGGGAGCGUUUGCAUACAUAGCAGGUGUCGGCUGUUCCUGUGAGGGGCCUCCCAAUGGCGAUGCUAUAGCCCUCACACAGCACCCCCCUGAUGUGGAACGUAGACAUGGGCAGCUAUUCCUUAGACUAGCCUCUGGGAGGACGGGUUUGUCUUUUGAAUGGAGUCUCCAUUCCCAAACCUACCUUUAGUGAUAGGUUGCCCACAACAGGGGCAGCUGCUUGCAGGUGACCCGUAACUCUAGCUAGGGUUUGAGUGGACAUUUUGGCAUGUCCUCAGCUUGAAUUUUGACAGGCAACAGUGCAGAACACCUACAAAAUGAACGUCCUUGGGACCCAAGAGUACCUGGAGUUUGUGGGAAGCUGAUCAGAGCACAUGUUUUAUAAGGUGCAAUUGCUUUUCUCAUUAAAAAAAAAAAAUCACAGACACAUCCCACUGUGGAUAUCUCCUUAACCAAUGACAGAAGCCCGCUGAACUUUGUCCUUUUCAUGUGAUAGGUAGUCCAGGCAGGCUUUCAAGCAUUGGUGAAAACACCACCUCAGCCACUGCCUGGUUACAAGGCAAAUUGUGCAUUUUCUUCAGUGGGUGUGAAGGUAAAGAUAAACUGAUUUUGGAACAUUCAUAUUCACUUUUCUAUGGGAACUUUAAUUAUAACUUGUUUUGAUAGGAGGGAGGAAAUACCAAAAUUAUUGCCUUUGCAUGAUGCCAGUGGCUUGUUGUUCUGUCUAGCUGAUGCUAAUUUUUUUAAAUAAAAAUAAAUAUAGACAACUUGUGUUUAUGAGACACACCAAGGAGGACCAUGGCAUCUUUCCAUCUCAGGGCUUUUUGUCCUUUUGGGUGUCAUAGCUAUGAGACUCAAUCUUGCUAUUUCCAUGCAAAAGGAAAAUGAAUCUCUCACUCAAUCAUUGUACAUUAAGAUUGAAAUGGUUUAAGUUGUUUGCAGCUUAAGUGCCAUUAACGCCAUUUAAAAAAUACUGAAAAGGAGUAUUCAAAAUAUUUCACUUCAUUCUUGUGUUUUAUCAUGUCUUUAUCAAUUUCAUUUUUUGCCUGUGUUUCUUUAUGCCUUUAUUAUGCAGAUAUAACCCUUCCUUGCCUGUGCAUCUCACACCUGUUAUUCACUCAAAUGGUAACUCUCCUAUCAUUGUUUCUAGACAAACAAUGAUCAACAUGUGAUAGCUAUGAUUGCUUAUCGGGUUACAAUGUUCAGUGAAGGAACACUGUAGGAAAGGUCCAAUUGUAGGUUUUGGGAGGAUGAUUUUUUUUUUUUUAAUUAGAAAUCCAUAAUAGGCUUUUAUCUCACCUGUGUAUGCUUCAGCUUUAAACAGAUUUGACUGGUGUGUUGGUUCAGCUAGCUAGUGAUCUAGGCCCCUGCACUUAAACAUUUGGAUUGUAUAAUAUGAGAAAAUAUGGCUAUGGGUCUUCUAGACUCAGAACCAUCUUUGGGAAGUUCAUGUAAUUUUCUAUACCUAAUUCACAAAGCGUAUUUAACAAAAGAUCAUAGCACAAAUGGAGACUCCCAGAAACCAUCUACCAUUUUCGAACUCUGAGGGGAAAAUUAUACCCACUGCCUCCUUGACCACUGGUACCAUGGAAGACCCAUCACCUCUGCCUAUUUCCCUCAACUGCCCUGCUUACAGCUAUCACCUUCUUGAAGCACAGAAGCCCAUUUCCCAGAUGCCAAACCUUCAGAAUCUUGUUAGAGAUCUGAGAAGUCAAAUAAGAAUUACUAUGGUGAGGUCUUUUCCUGUCAAAGGUUUGUCUGGGAUAACUCCUCCACCAGAACAGAACAUUGGCUCACUGGUGUUCCGCACAGUGCUGUGUAGACUCUUGGAAAUGAUGCUUAUACAGAUGUGGACACUGGCCUUUUAUUAUGGCAAGGGUCCAGUCAGGCUCAUUAUGUGUUAAAGAACAGAUAAGUGGGAUUUCUCUUAUUCUGACAAGUUUCUCAAUGAAACGGCACAUGGAUCUCAUUCAUUUAGGUUUCCACUGUAUGGUACCUUGCUGUGUCUUUAUGGUUGUGUUAAAACUGCAGGCACUGGAUCUGUAUCCAGUAAAGAAGCACCUCUGUCACUUAUGCAGUGCCUUUCAUAGACUUGGCACUGAAUGGUAUGUUUUAUGGCACUCACUGAAACCUCACCAUAUCGCACUGGGGAAGCAUUUACAGAUUAUUUGUAGAGAUGAGGACACAGAGACUCAGGGAGGUUAACUUACCAAUAGUACACAGCAAGCAGGGGGUAAAGUCUAUUUUCAGUUUUGCUACAGUGUCCACAUCAUGGACCCUUGUGAAUGAGAGUGCGUGCCUGUGUGCGGUUGUGUGUGUUGAAAGUGUGCGCAUGCACAGGUCUUACAAGUUUCAUGAGCACAGUUGACAGAGGUGAGGCAAAGAUAGGCAUUUUUACCCCCAUGAGGACAUAAAGUUUUGGGGUAAACCUGGCCUAAAAGGUUGCCCUCGAAGAUACCUACUGUAUGCUCUUGGCUUGGGGAUGCCCUAGACAGCACCUUUUCUAUAUUGCUAGAAAUACCCCUCAAAAGCACUCCUUUGCACUUUAUUUUCUUGUGGGAACUCUUCAUAUAGCAGGAAUUAGACAGCUCAGAGGUCUGAGAUACGUGAUUGACCAAAUGGAAGAGGUGCACAAGUUGGCGUGUGCAUAGAUGUAUUCACGAGAAUCAAAUCGCAGUAAUACUGAGAAUCAAACAUAACCUUGGAUUGAGAGUGUGUAACCCAUUCCCUGAGUGUUGGAUACAGGUUCUAAAUGAUGUCAAAGAAGAUCCUCUAUGAAAAUAGUGUAUGUGGACAAAGUGUUCCAAAAACUAUGGAAGUACUCUCCAAAGGAGAAGCUGAAGAGGGAAUGAGAGAUUUAAUUUCUCUUCGUGUGUACAUGCUAAGCCUGUAGGUAUUGGUUGUUUGGAUGUUACCCCUGUAAAGAUAGGGGUAAAUAACAUGCAGAACAUGUGUGAUAAGACAGCUGCUAUGUGUUACAUACAAACAUCAUCCCAGCCUAUCCCCUUCUUGUCAGUACCCCUUGCCCCUCUUAAACCUAGAAUAAACGAGGAUGUUAUACUUGGGAAGGGUACAUGUUCAGUAUCUUCAGCAGGCAGUGUUGUGCUUCAUUUGGCAGCUGGAUCCAGAGUAGUUCUCUCAUCUGGAAGUUUAUUAGUGAGAGCCAAAGGAUAGUUUGGAGAGGCUCUAUUAUAUACCCAGUCCUAACUCAGUAGUGAUUCGCUCUGGCAGUUGGGCAGUUUGGGUAUAGGGCUGUAGAGUGUGUAUGUGCGUAGCAUGUGUGGUGAGAAAGGGAUCAUCAGCCUAUAAUUCAGGUGUCUGGGACUACUGUUUGUGUUCUUCCACAUCACAGCUUAUGCUCAUGGGCACACUGCUUCCCUGCACCUCAACUGCACACCAAGAGAAUUGAGCGUAGAUUACUACCAAACCCUUCUCCAGUUGUACAGUGCUCUGAGAGAACAUUUCCUAGUCCGUGAGCUAAUUUAAUCAGAGAAUUAUUGAGUUGGAUUUCUGAAUAUUGACUAAUGGCCCCACUCCUACCCUUGGUGUUUGUUUUCUGCAUGGUUGGUGGAGACCAGAUGUAGAGAGACUGGUGUCCAAAUUAGAAUCAUAUCCCAUAUAGGGUCUAUCCACUGAUCUAGUCUAGCACACCUUCACCUGGCAGCUCACAGGAUGCAGUUUUUUUUGGGGGGGGACAUAAGGGGCAGGGGCAGGGCAAUGAUGUUAAGACUGGUCAAAGAAUUAUAAGCCAUUGCUGUUUGCGCUCAGUUGUACUAAAGGCUCCAUUUGAUUGCAAUGUGCAUUCAGGUCCUUUUCCCUCCCUUCUGGUACGCAAAGACACACAUGCGUGUCGGAAAUGACUUUUUGGGUUCCAUGGGGACAACUUCAUGUGAAAAGUUCUAGUUGGGCUGAACAGGAGCAAACAACCCCUCCCCGCCUUCUGAGGUGUCAUUUCCCGGGGAAGUCAAAGCUGCAAACCUAUGCAUAUGCUUGGUUUGAGGGGUUUAGUGAAAAUGUGUGCCAGGGUUCUGAUUGAGGUGGUUGUGGCCCACUGGACUGGGGAAGAAUGUCAACCAUCCAUCCAGUGUGCAGAAUGGGUUCAGCAUCAGAGCAAAGACACCAGAAGGGAAGGAAGCCAAACAAGCUUGCAGAGGCCCUCUAGAAAAGAGAGCCAGCCCUGCAGCCUCCUGCAGUUUGGCCUUCUGCUUUUGCCAAUGCUUUAUGUCUGGCAGUCUUUCUCAUCAUUAGGACACGACUGUGUGCAGAGACAGAGGCUGAGGGGGUAGGGGAAGCCUCUCCCGCUGCAGCGUAACAACUGGCCAGCAAUGGCCUCAACAAGACACACAGCACCGCUUUCAAUUGGCAUUGGGGGUGCUGUCGAGUCUGCAUAUGGUGUGGCAGCUACACGGGCUCUGAUAAAGUCCCACAUUCUACCCUUCUGCAAUAGCCAUGUUGCACCUCACCACCCUUUCCAUGUUCCAUGUCUGAAGAUCAUACAACACCAGCUCAGCUGUAUAGAGAAGUGAGAGAUGUUCCUGAUUUACUGGAUGGGAUUAUUUUCACAGGUGCCUGAGGUUGGGGACCCCCUUAUGUUCUUUGCCCUUAAGUGAAAACACAGCUUCCUAGGUGUUAAAAAGAAACCCUUUCGAGAAGACUUCCAGUCCAUCAACUCAGUAGAGGUGUGCCACAGAGGCUGCUGCACAGUGGUCUGUUCCCUGUGGCUAGGGCUCUAGCUGGAAGGGGAAGCUGCAGCCCUGCCUAGAAGUGAUAUGCAAAUCACCUUGUAUGCUAACCCUUGUUCCUUUUCUGUCCCAGAACUUCAGGCAAGGGACCCAGUGAUGACAGAUGAUAAACCCAUGUGUGGAGAUGUUUUACCUGUUUUUCUCUUUGUAGGAUUUCAUGGUGCUUUUUUUUUUUUAAAGGCAUUUUACAGUUAAUAAUGUGUUGGGGGGCAUUUCAUAUUGUUCUUAGGAGGAGAAGUGGGAAAUUUGCUUGUAACAUUUCAAUAAGCUGUGCUGCUAUUGUCCUUAUUUGAUGAUGUAAUAUUUUUUUUCCAAUGAUGGAGAACAUUGCAACAAAGACA